AUGUCCUGGGACCAUCAGCGAGUUCAUAUUCUACAAGGUCAAGCCCACCGUCAAACCGGAAGAUCUUCCAACGCGAAAGGCGAGGCCCUGCUCCAAGCUCUCCGCACUGUGUAUCAGCAAAGCGGCCAAAAGAGCUCUGUCUGGGGACGCAGCGCCGAAGACGAGGAUAAUUUGGUUUGGGUUGUCGACACCCUAACCAAGAACCCCGUGACAGAUCUGAGCAUCCUGCCGUUUGCGAGCUCGCUGGCCGCCUCAGAGACGAUGCAGUUGCACAGCGACCUGAUUAGCUUCCGCACGACGCUGGUUGGGCAGCUGCCGCAAACCGUGCGCCCGCGGUCCUGGGCAAUGGGCCAGAUUGAUCGGCCGAGUAUGGUGAAGCAUGACAAGAGUCCCUCCGGGAUGGCGGUGCUGCAUCUGCUGGCUGUUGGGUGGGAGAGUGUCGAAGCGCAUAUGAAUGCUAAGCAGACUGAGGAGUUUGGGAGAAGUAUUGCGCCUAUUCGGGACAAGAUGCUCGGGCCUGUUCCUGGGUUGGGGUUGAAACACGUUAGAUUCCAGAAGGGUUGA